AUGGAGAGAACUCCAAACUGCUGGACUCUUGCUUCUCUGGUCGCUUUAGUCGUCCUCGGCUUGUUUCCUGUGAGGUCUGGGUGUAAAGAAGUCACCUACAUAUCACUGAAGAAGGCGAGGCCAGAGUGCUGCGUUAGAGAAGAUCCAGAGUUUAAGAGAUAUCAAGACAUCGACUACGACAGCUUUGUGGGUCUAAUGGGGAGAAGAAGCCCUGCUCAGCCAAACAGACACACAGAUCAAAUCCUUGCUGAUCUGUUGAGGCGGAGAACAAUCACAGGAAUGGCUUGUCCGUGUGAUGAGGAAUAUUUACAGACAACGGGAAGUCGCUUAAUCAGUCAAGGGAGACAGAGGUUUCAACGCUUUCUGUAGUGAGAAUGUGACGCCUCGCCAACCUCAGCACAGCUGUAAAGCCUUCAGUCUCUCAGUGCUGAUAAAUCCACCCAGCUAUUGUAACCAGAGA